AAAAUCAGAAAAAUUCCUGGAAUUCCGUGAAUUUUAAAGGAAUUGCCUGAAAAUGCAUCGCGAUUAUAAAAGUGAAUAUUCAUUUUGGGCUGAGAAUUCACGUAAAUCUAGGAAUUUCAAAUUACGACUUUAAAUGAAGACUUUAAAAAAUCUUAUUUCAACACCUUUGAGAUCUGAAAAGAAUUUUUUAUUUAUUGCUAAAAAUGUUAAAUAUUCAAAACACUUGAACACUUCAACAAAAAUGAAAUAAGCUGUUCAACCGCACUUCGACCCCCCCCCUAAAAAUGUCAAAACAAAGACAACCCCAAAAUACCCAAAGAGCCGGGUCUAAUCUACAAAUUACCAGAGUUGCCAUCGCCGAAGAUGAGGCAGAUGAAAAACAAUAAACAGCCGAAUGAAGCUGAAGCCUGAGAGCCAUGGGGCAGAGGGAAUUAUCGAUUUUGUAGGCGCUCUGUUCUGUUAAUCAAAAAGCGAUCGUUCGCUUUUCGAUAUCGAGGGGGCUCAAGGCCGUCGCGAUAAGCGAGUCGUUGGACAAAACGCGCCUACGUCGGUGUUUUGUGGUUGAGGCGAACGAACGACUGUGGCACAGAAUAGGGAAAUAAAUAAUCGGAGGUAUAUAUCUCCGUGUGUAGACGUCCGUCGAGGGAAACAAUAUCCAACGGAUUGGAACGUGUGGCCUGAAUAUGUCUGAGGAUGAACAGACUCACUGGUGUAUUUAUUUCGGUGGACUGUCCUAGUGUUGAGGAGUGAAACUGUAACUCGGAUUGUAAUUGAAACGGGGGAUAAGUUUUAAUCGAAAACGGAGGGUGGGGGAGUCGGAGGGCUAUUGUCAAGGGCUAUGCUGUGCCUCGAUAUGAAAUUGGUGUCGAGAUUGAGGGGUUUGUCCACGAAUUCGUCGGCCGGCGGAGCAAACUCCAACGCGGGGACAGGGACUCUGUCGAUUUCCAGUCAUUCGGGGGAGAAGCAGAGGCGGAGGUCCAGUCGGGGGAGCAACAGCAAUGCUAGUCCGUCUGUCAGUGAUCGCGAGAGCGAUGAGGACAUUCCCAGUGUACCCAGGAUUGUCAGGGAUCGCUCGAGAUCGGUCUGCAUGCCCGUGCUCACCAGCUCGCAGAUGAGGCAUCUACAUCGACGUGCCAGCCAUCAUGUAUCAUCAACCGACACGACCUCACGACGAGGAGUUCUAUCCCGACGGUGCUAUGGCAGCGUUGAAAUGCUGCCACAAAUUGAACAGGAUGGUAUGGAGAAUGGGAGGAGAUUCAGGGUGGAGAAUGGCGAUUCACCCGGGGAAAAAGAAGAGAUGUUCGGCUCACCCAGUACACCAGUCCUCGAGAAUCCCGAAUAUCAGACCCGUUGGUACUUCAAAUAUUUCCUGGGAAAGCUUCACCAGAAUUACGUGGCGUCGGAUCACGAGAGAAACCCGCUAUUCCUGUCUGUUGUAUUAAGCGACGGAGGGGAUCAAUGUGUACCUCAUUAUCGGGUCAUUCUGUGGAGGCGAACGGGCGCGCAGAAGAUAUCUCUCCCUUACUCCUCCAACAAAUCAAUGACAGUGAAGCAAAUACUGAGUAAUUUCUUUGGAAUAGAAAAAUUUGACAAAGCACCACGCGAGAUAUUUUCCCCGGAGAUACAGAAGGAUCUCCUCCUGCUGGAAGAACAAGAGGGCUCUGUGAAUUUCAAAUUCGGUGUUAUAUACGCCCGGGAGGGCCAGACAACCGACGAUGAGAUGCUGUCCAAUGAGAGAGCGAGUCCGGGCUUCGAGAGGUUCUUGGAGAUUCUGGGGGAGAGGAUACGCCUCAAGGGUUGGGACAAGUACAGAGGUGGUCUAGACAUCAAAGGUGAUAUGACGGGCAAAGAGAGCGUUUACACGGUAUAUGCUGGUCACGAGGUCAUGUACCACGUGAGCACGAUAUUACCUCAUUCUAAGGACAAUCCGCAACAACUGGAGAGGAAGAGGCACAUUGGCAAUGACAUUGUAAAUAUCAUAUACUCGGAUGAUCCGUCCGUCUUGGAGACGUUCAAUCCGAACUGCAUAAGGAGUCAAUUUACUCAUGUCUUUGCGGUGGUAACUAGCGAGGAGAACGACCGCUGGCGAAUAGCGAUAUACUGUGAUGAGAGUGUUCCCCUGUUCGGUCCAAGUUUGCCCUGUCCACCGGUGUUCGACGACCCUUACAUUUUCCGUGAAUUUCUCCUCGUGAAACUCAUUAACGGUGAGAAAGCCACAUUCGACACACCAACGUUUUCACGGAAGAGGGAGCGCACCCUGGACGCACUCCUCCGUGAUUUGUACCAGGAGCACACUCAGGACGCCAAGGGGAACGUAAGUUCAAGUAUGCUGAAUAGACGUGCAUUGUCGGAUGUGGUUGAAACACCAGGAAGAAGGAGAGAGGAAACACGUGUUGUGGAAAUGGUUAGAGUUGGCCAGGCACUAAAACUUGAAGCUAUCGUUCGAGGUCUAGCGCCAACUUCACUGGCAACUGUCGGCCCACUGAAGCCCCGACCCUGGGAGCCCCGCUGCAUCUACCCCGAUUUUUCACACGAAGUUGUAUGCGGUGACAUAUGGUCAGAGAAUAAAUUGGUUCUUGCCACGGAAAAUGGUACAUUUCUCGUUGAGGACGGAAUGGAGAAUAAAAUGCUAUUCGACAGGACUGUACUUAUCAAGCAGCUUGAUGUCGUUGAGCAGCACGGUAUACUGCUGUUCCGAGCUGGUGACAAAGGAAAGGAGUGUGGUGUACACGUUUACAGAUUGAGCGAACUUGACGGUGACGAGGCGCACACCAUCGAUGAUUAUUCGUUUGAAGAGGACGACGAGGAGUUGGACAGCUUUGGUACACACGCGUCAACACCAAGACCGCAGAUUACAAGGACACGCUCUCACGUUAAGGAGAGAAAAUUAGAGAGAACACGUGGUUGUCAUUUGUACAGUUUAACAAGACCCGGGGGUUCACAUUUACGUAUGUGUGUUGCUGUGGGCAGAAGAUUAACUUUACUCCAGUGGAAGCACAAUGCAGCCUGGACAACAUGGUGUUCAGCAGCUGACACAGACACUGUUGAUGGGUUUUUACUUAUUAAAGAGUACAAUGCCUCUGAGCCACCGAAUAUCGUGACAAUCAUUGAGAGCACAGAGGGUGGUAAUGAGUGGCUACUCUGCUGCGGUCUACGACAUCAUUUUGAACUUAUUUCAGUUGAUGGUGCAACAAGAUCACUUCAUGUUGAGGCUUCGAUGAAGCCACAUAUUAUAGCGGCGCUCGAUCUGAGGGAGGACGAGGAGCCUGAAGUGUUACUUUGUUACAAUAAUACUUGUCAUUUUCAAAAAUUAUCGGAGGAGAGUGCAGCCUCCACCGAGUUUGAUUUCAAUUGGAAUUCAGUACCGAUAGCUGUUGCAUGUGCCUUUCCAUAUGUUAUCGCAUUCACUGCUGAUACUAUGGAAAUACGGUUAAUUAUUAAUGGUAAUCUUGUUCAUACUAUUGCAAUGCCCAAUUUAACGCUUAUCAGCUCCAAGAGGGAUAUUUAUUUUGCUACAACUGCACCGGAAUUUUUGGCCAAGUGCGAGAGGAUACGGGUUGAUACCAAGGAUAAGGAGGACAGGAGUGGGAGUCCACCGUCUUCACAGUCUAGUUUGUCGAACUCUCAAAACGAUGGGAAACCGCUGAGAAUCUACACAAUACCCCUGCACACACUCUCAAGACCGACGUCGAAAACCAGCAAUCGAGGACGUUGUACAAGUCCGGUUGAACCGGAGAUAGUGAAUGCCCAGCCGCAAUGCGAUCCGAAUUUUCUGAGUGUCGAGCCACACAGAUUGCUGAGUCGUUCGUGUAGCAGCAGUCCAACGCCAAAUCUUGGGGCGUCGUCGGCAUCCACGCCGAGCAAAUAAAGAAGGUAACGAAAAAAGAUUGAGCAGUCGUAAAGUACAUGGAGGUACUUCCUUAUCCGAUCAUUCCGAUGUGGAGAUUCCGGAAUUGAUUCGGUUCACGUCCAUAAUGGUCAGCGAGACAAUGGCGAAGUUGAAGGUAUGAGGCUCUGUUUUUUCAGUCGCCUUGUGGAUGUUAUGGCGCAGUGCGCUGAGCCACGUGUUUUGCUGGAUCGAAGUGGUGAAAUAAAGUUGACAGGGGAUUAAUGAGAAAAAUUCUACUUUUAGAAGUGUCUAGGUCUAUUGUCCACGAUAAUGUGUUAUAAAUUACAAAAUAUUGUUACACGAUCAGUCGUGUGUCAUUGUAAAAAUCAAAUUGAGACAAAUGAUUCUUGAAACAAAGUUAUUGAAUAAAAAUCUUAAAUUAUGUUCUGAA